AUGGGUAACAUAUGCGCUCGUUUGAAGGCGAAGCCCGCGCCGCCGCACUCCUCCGCCGUGAAGAAGCGCUCCUCCUCCCGUAGAGAGAGGAAGCUCGACGACGCCGCAAUUCGCGAGCAGGCCAUCGCCGCCGCGAUUCUCUUCAAGCAGCAUCAGCAGCAGCAGAACUUCGAUCGCUCCACUUCGCUUAGGUACCCGAAUGGAGUCUCGAAGAAGAACAGCAGCAGCAGCAACACCUUGCCGAGGAGUUCGAGCUCCAGGGCCAGGUCCCUCACCGACCCUCUCCUACAACCUCAUCAGCUUCUCAAUCAGGAUGUGAAGGUAGAUGAUCUUGAGACAAAUCAUAUUGUUCUCGUUCAUGGAGGUGGCUUCGGGGCCUGGUGUUGGUAUAAAUCUAUUGCACUUCUAGAAGAAAGUGGUUAUAAAGUAGCUGCAAUAGAUUUAACUGGUUCUGGAGUGAGUUCAUUUGAUACAAACAGCAUUACAAGUUUGUCACAAUAUGUGAAGCCACUUACUGACUUCCUUGAAAAACUUCCAGAAGGCCAAAAGGUGAUUUUGGUUGGGCACGAUUUUGGAGGGGCAUGUAUAUCAUAUGCAAUGGAGAUGUUUCCUCUUAAGAUUUCCAAAGCUGUGUUUAUUGCUGCUGCAAUGCUGAGUAGUGGACAAAGCACUCUCGAUAUUAUUUCUCAACAGGCAGGUUCAGACGAUCUUAUGCAACAGGCUCAGAUUUUUAUAUAUGCUAAUGGGAAUGAUCGUCCUCCCACUUCUUUUGAUCUGGACAAGUCAUUGUUGAAGGAUUUGUUAUUCAACCAAAGUCCCUCCAAAGAUGUUGCAUUAGCAUCUGUCUCCAUGAGGUCUGUACCAUUUGCACCAGUUUUAGAGAAGCUUUCCCUUUCAGACCUGAAAUAUGGAUCUGUUAGGCGGUUUUACAUACAAACUCUUGAAGAUAAUGCCACACCCAUUUCACUCCAGGAGAACAUGAUAAAUGCAAGCCCCCCAGAAAAGGUUUUCCGUUUGAAGGGGGCUGAUCAUUCUCCUUUUUUCUCAAAGCCUCAAGCCCUGCAUAAGUUAUUGGUAGAAAUCUCAAAGAUCCUCUGA